AUGGAAGCGAUGCAUGCCCGUGGUCUGCCCCCCGAUCUGUGCCGCGACACUGGUCAACAGUCGUCGAAUCAUCUGCUCAGGGCUUCGAACUCACGACCGGAACAGCUUCCAUACAGCCCGGGUGGAGGGUGGUCGAACACGCUGUUGGCCAUGCGUCGCCGCCUCGUUGUCAACAGGGGACCCCGCCCAUCCCUUCUUGCUGCAGGACCAUCACAGGCGCCGUUAUUGGCGGGCCAGGCUCUGGAGAGUGAGGCGAAGGCUUUUGACUGGACACAAAUCGCCGGUUGA